UUUGUUUCUCCCGUUAAAACACCAACAUUACCGUUCUCUCCCCAUUCACUCCAGACUUUAAAUGUUAUCGAUUUGACACGAUUACGAUUUAAUAACCGGCAACAAAUCUCGUACGCGAGAUAAUUGAUAACAAAAACUGACGUACCUUUCGAAAGGUAACACACCACACCCCGUCCCACCUUCGAUGAAGAUAACUUCCAGUAUUUCCACCAACACUACAUUAACGUAAAAUUAUCGUAAUCCACUGUUUUGCCCAAUUUUACAACCCAUUCCCUGUUACUCCGCUUUUUGCACCGCUUUUUUAUUUUUGGUGAUAAGUUUUUGUCUUUGCUUCCCAUCCAAACGGUGCGUUCUGUUGAUAAGAUUCGAUAAUGAGUAGUGCGGCAGCAAAACAGUCGCCUCAGUUCAUCGGGCUGGUCAGAUUUGUGCCAAGUGUUGAUCAGUGCUGUCCUGUUAAAUAAAGUUUGCUGCAACGCUACACCAUGAUCCUGCAAGCAUUACUAAUAGCGGGUGUCGUAUAUCUGCUGAUCACCCAUAUAAUCGAGCGGAAAAAGUUGCAAAAAAUUAACAAAGCCUUUCCUGGGCCAAAACCACUUCCGGUGGUUGGUAAUUUGCUCGAGUUUGCCACAUUGGACAUACCCGGUGUGUUUGAGCACGUGGUCGAACUGCAUCAGAACUAUGGGCAGGAUUAUAUGAUGUGGUCCCUAUUUAACUGGACCAUCAUCCUGAUGACCAGCCGGAAAAAUGUGGAAAAAGUACUGCUGGCCAAGCAAACGGAGAAAGCAUUGCUCUAUCAGUUCAUCGAACCAUGGCUCGGUACGGGGCUGCUGAUUGCGAGCGGUGAAAAAUGGUUCCAGCGCCGUAAGAUCAUCACGCCGACGUUCCAUUUCAAGAUUUUGGAACAGUUUGUGCGCGUAUUCAACACGGAAACGGACACGAUGGUACAGUUGCUGCGCAAGCAUGUCGGUGGGAAAGAGUUUGACAUCUACGACUACGUCACACUGAUGGCGUUGGACAGUAUCUGUGAAACUUCCAUGGGUACGACGGUGGAUGCACAGCACAAUCCGGACAAUCAAUACGUGCAGAAUGUGAAGCGAAUGGCGGUUCUGGUGCUACUGCGUACGAUCAGCGUUCUCGGACCGUACCCAAUGCUGUACAACGUCUUGCAUCCGAACGCCUGGGAACAGCGGCGUGUCAUCAAGCAGUUGCAUGACUUCACCGACAAUGUGAUCCGUAGUCGGCGCCAGCAGCUCUCCAACGAGAAAUCGGAAAAUGUCGCAUUCGAUUUAACGGAGGAAAACUUGUACUCGAAGCGUAAGCUUACCUUCCUGGAUCUGCUGCUAAAUGUGACGGUCGAAGGUAAACCAUUGAGCAAUCUGGAUAUCCGUGAAGAGGUGGAUACAUUUAUGUUCGAAGGUCACGACACAACAACGAGCGGUAUUUCGUUCACCAUCUACGAGUUGGCACGCAACCAAGAUGUACAGGAGCGGGUGUACGAAGAGAUAGUGGCCGUGCUGGGCAAGGAUCACAAAACGGCUGAGCUUACGUAUCAGAACUUGCAGGAAUUUAAGUACCUUGAUCUGGUGGUAAAGGAAGGUUUGCGGAUGUAUCCACCGGUGGGAAUUAUCGGCCGUGCACUAGUUGAAGAUUUGGAGCUGAAUGGUACAAUUGUACCGGCGGGACAAAACAUCCUAGUGCCGAUCUACGUGAUCCAUCGCAAUCCCGAGAUCUACCCAAAUCCGAACCAGUUCGAUCCGUCCCGCUUUUCGGAGGAUGCUGAAUCGAAACGGGGUCCAUUUGAUUAUCUACCGUUCAGCAUUGGGGCCCGUAACUGUAUUGGCCAACGGUACGCACUGAUGGAAAUGAAGGUUUCGAUUAUCAAGCUGAUUGCAAACUAUCGCAUCUUGCCGGGUGAAUCGCUUGGCAAGCUGCGCGUUAAGACUGAUCUUGUGCUACGUCCAGAUAUUGGUAUUCCGGUGAAAAUUGUACUCCGCGAAUAAUGCGAAAAGAAAAGCAAAAUGAGACUGCCGGUGGGAUGUUGGUGGUGGCACAUACAUACCGUAAAUAUGUAUUUAUGAGCAAUAAACAACAUAUCAUUCACUAAAAUCAAUACGAAAUCAAGCAGAAAGCCAAUCGUAAUCAAAAUUGUCCCCCGGCAUUCGUUCGGAGCUCAAUCAAUUCAUCAAAUGCUCAUCUGUUUGGGUAUCUUACGUCCCCAAAAAGCUUUCCACAAGGGCGGGGAACGACGACUCUCGCGGCAGCGCCUUGCGUUUCUUCAUGUCCUUGAAGCAUGAUUGAUUAUCGUUUUAUAUCAAUUAUGGGCCCGGCCAUUCAGCUGCGCUCAGUGACAGUUUCGGAUUCGGGAUCCGGUGCAUGAUGCCUCUGUACUACCAUCCGAUCUCCCGUGUGGCCGUCCAGAUCCAAUCAAUAAAAAUGAUUAUUAAUAAAUUUAACGUCAUUCGCUUAGCAACGGUACCGGUACCGGGUCUGUGACCGGCCCCUAAAGCUUUUUUGUGUGUGUAUAUGAUUGAGGUAGGUACCACAAUCACAAAGUGCAGCCCCCAAGAAAUGUUCCGAGGAUGUACCAACUGCCAGCCGGCACGGAUACCAUUCAAUUAAUGAUUCUGCCUACGGCACACAACACGAACCAACCGUGUGUAUGUUGUAGUGAAACAAUAAAUCCCAUCACUUCCAAUCACCU